AUGGAGGAUGAGAAUCAUAUAAGCUAUCAUGAAUAUAAAAGGAGAUUAAAAAAAAUUACUGAAGAAAUAAAAAAAGAAAAGAAAAAAACUUGUAACAAAAUUAAAAAAAGUGAAAACUUAUUGAAACUGGAAGAAGAAUUAAAUAAAUUGAAUUCUCUAUAUAAUGACCAUAAUAAUGAAGGUAAAAAUAAUAAUAUAAAUGAAAAUAAAAAUGAGUGUGAAAAUAUAAAUAAUUUAGUUACAGAUAAUUUAUAUUUAUAUAACGAAAUUUCUAAAAAAGCUUUAAAAAAUAGAAAAAAAGCUAAACAAAAAGAAUUAGAAGAAAUAAGAAAUGAGAAAUUAAAAAACAAAUGUGGAGAAAAAGAAUAUGAAGAAUUAUUAGAAAAUUUGAAAAAGUUAAAUAAAACAAUAUUUCCUAUUCCUCCAGAUGGAAAUUGUUUAUAUGAAUCAAUUUUACAUCAACUUAGAGAAAGAAAUAAAAACUAUAAAUAUACUCUAACUGAUUUUUUAAAUAUUAUAAAUAAAGAAAAUUUUUCAUUAAAUAAUGUUGAUUUAAAUGAUUAUAGAAAUAAAAAUAAUUUUGAUUUUAGUAUUUUUCCUAAUAUAAAUCCAUAUGAUUUAAGUAGCGAUAUUUUAAGAUUCCUUACAUCAAUAUACUUAUUACAGAACAAAUCUUUAUUCAUAAAUUUUAUUUAUGUUAAUCAAAAUAAUAUGAACUCUGAUUCAGAUGAUGAUCCCUUUUUUAAUUAUUGUAAAGAAAUUAUUAACGGUAUUUAUGGGAGUGAAAUAGAAAUAAAAGCUUUAUCAAAUAUUUUACAAAAAAAAAUUACUGUUUAUGAUGUCAAUAUGAACGUGUCAUAUGAGGAAAAUUACGACAAAGAAUUACAUAUAUGCUUCCAUCAUAAAUUGUAUGCAUUAGGUAAGCAUUAUAAUUCCGUUAUAGAUUUAGAAACGUAA